CCAGCGCGCUUAAAUACCUCCCACGUCUCUCCAUCGUGCCUGUCCCCGCCCAACACCACAUUUAAUAACCGCUGCAUCUCCUCGUCGCCCAAACCCCACGACUCAAGAUCAUUCGCCCGGCAUCUUCAAUCGUCACAUACGCACAACUUCUACCUAAUCGAAAGAAGGUACCACGCCAUGGCUACUUUUUUUCACCUUCCUCGCGAGCUGCGGGACAUGAUUUACCGGCUCUACGUCGUGUCCGACGGAGGCUAUGUCCUGAAUCCCGAAUCCAACAGACUGAGAAAUGCCAUGGGCAGACCAAUCGACCUGGCCCUUACGUACACGUGCAAACGCGUUGCCGACGAAAUGAGGGGCCUUGCACUGGAAGCGAACACCAUCACCGUUUCAACCUUUUACUCGCCACACGAACGCCACAGAGCUAGAGACUUUGAUGUGGUCAUGACGAUGCUGCACGAUUCCCUACAAAGUGCCCUCAAUCGCGCAGAGCUUUUUCUCUGGGACGACAUCUGCGCCGAGAUCUCGGGAACAUUCCCACAGUUCACACCUGUACUCGACAUGAUCAAGCACGAUACAUGGCACAGUACACAGGGCCGAUCGUCCAAGCAAGGCCCAUGGGGUGAACCUCCAUCGGUUUACCGCGAUUUUGUGCGCUUUGCGCUGCAGACGAUCUCAGAUUUAGAUUACCGGCAUCGUUUUAAUGACGAGUUCGCAAAAGCCUUUUGCAAUACUGAUGACAUCCGACCUCUUCUCGACUUGGAUCCGGCCCCUUGGAUGAUUCCAACUCAAUACGAUCUUCGGCAAAUGGUGGACAUGCUCGGCGGGAAGUCCUCGUUAAGAUCGUUUGGUUUCGUACGCGGCUGGAUGGGCUCUGAAUCCGCUACACGACGUGCCAUGUAUCGUUAUUCUGCAGCAGCUGUUGGCAUCCGGUUUCUGAAGUCCAAUACGCUUGCGACCCGAGCGCACCUGAGAGAUAUCGUGUUGAUUGAAGACCAGGAGUCUGUCUCGAACCCCGCGUGUCACGCCAUGGGGUUAAUCCCCUUUUGCCAAGAGAAUCCCGCCAUGCGGAUAGAGCGACGCGUCAGCUUGUGGCACAAUGCCUUCUUCUACCAUUCAAGUAUGUCAGGAGCAACUGGCUGGCGGACGAAGGAAUAUCGACAAGUGGAGGCCAACGAGAUGUCUUUCGCCGUCGCGCGCUGGGUCAUUGAGACCCUGCCACUUAUCCCCGCCGGCAUGCCCGCCAAUUCAUUCACAUUAGUCUUGGACGGAGAGGGCGAUCCGCAGUGUACAGAGAUCUUCCAGACUGUGGUUCUGCGCGACGCUGCUUGGCAGCAGGCGAUGGACGAAUGCUUCCAAAGCGGCGACCUUCCUCCGGAACCGUAUGGGAUGAGGAGAAACAGCCAGAGAAAUUACGUGGGAGCCAUCUUCCCCGCCUUCAACGAGUCUUAUUUAUUUGACAAGUUUCCGCAGGCAAUGCAAGAAAUCGUCGAAGGGACGUCCAUGGUUCGUUGCACCUUUGAUCCCGGCGAGAUUGUGGAUGUGCAGCGGCUCAAGUCGAUCGCGAAGCGGGAGUCAUGGAGUCUGGAUCACUGGAGAGUCAAGUGGUAUGACCGCGAGAAGAAGACCUACGAAACUACUCCCCCAUUGCCUUCAUGGAGCGCAAUUAAAGCUGGUUAUCUAUCUAAUCGUCAUGUUGGGCCCUUCCGCCGCUGAGGGCCUGCGGUGAUAGCAAUGUAGAGACUAAUAUCAUGCAGAGCAGCCAGAGGAUAGUGACGGUGCAGCACUAGAUAGGACCAGCACAGGUCGUCUUGAGUUGAUAAUGAAAGAGAAUAACAGAGGUAGGCAGCCUACCUAGCAUCCGAGGAGGUCUCGUACCUCCGUCUACAGUACCUAAUCGGUGAUCAUUCCCAAUCCCUAAUUUAGUUGGCUGAGCCGUUUCCGUUGUUUUUUUUUCGAAAAAGUUCCCAAAGCCCAUUGAGAGACACGGCGAGCGUGUUGCUCAAGAGCUCGAAGCCUCGGGAAGUGCAGGCAAACCGUCACUGGCGAUGGUAGCGAAUAACAAUGACUGGAGGAGGCGAGCCACCGGCGGGGG